AUGUCACUAGUUCGAAACUGCUUAUUUACGGCUUGCAAGAGAACAACUAUAAUAUCAAAACAAUUUAUAAGUAUGACAACUGUUAAAGGAGCCCCAGAAAGGGCUAAACUUAUCUCAUCUGCCCCAGUGACUGACCCUAACAGUUGUAAAUGGAUUGGUUUAGAAAAAUUAACAUAUACUGAUCCAAAUGGUGUACAGAGAGAAUGGGAUUGUGCAGUUCGUAAGACAAGAAAUUCAGGUGGUGUUGAUGGUAUCGGUAUGUUGACAAUUUUGAAAUAUAAGGAUGGUACACCUGAUCAAGUCCUAUUGCAGAAACAAUUCAGACCACCUGUAGAUGGUGUAUGUAUCGAGGUUCCAGCGGGACUUGUUGAUGCGAAUGAAUCUUUAGAGACAGCUGCAUUACGUGAAUUAAGGGAAGAAACAGGUUAUAUUGGGAAGAUUACAAGUAAGAGUCCAAUUAUUUUCAAUGAUCCUGGGUUUACCAAUACUAAUAUGUCAUUAAUGACAGUAGAGGUUGAUAUGUCAUUACCAGAAAAUCAAAAUCCACAAACCCAGUUAGAAGAUAAUGAAUUUAUUGAAUGUUUUAAAGUACCUUUUGCAAAUUUGAAUAAUGAAUUAGAAAAAUUGUACAAACAGGGUUAUAGGCUUGAUGCUCGUCUUCAAAAUGUUGCACACGGUAUUGAGAUUGCCAAGCAAUAUAAUCUAUAA